GACCCAAUACCCGAAGUCUUACCAGAAUCUUACCCAUUCCACGUCUGUCUGUCCAUCGAACUCGCUGCCCAACAUGCCUUUAGAAGCUACGAUGAUGAUUAUGGACAACUCAGAGUACAUGCGGAACGGAGAUUACCAGCCGACACGCUUUGAAUGCCAGUCGGAUGCUGUCAAUACCGUCUUUCAGACCAAGAUUGACUCGAAUCCAGAGAACACAGUUGGAAUAAUGACCAUGGCUGGUAAAGGCCCUGAAGUGCUUGUAACGCACACGAAAGAACUUGGUCAUAUCCUUAAAUCGGUCCACUCAACGUCAAGUAAGAUUGGAGGAUCGAUAGAUAUUCCGACUGCCAUUGCCAUCGCCCAGUUAGCAUUGAAGCACAGAGAGAACAAGAACCUACGGCAGCGAAUAAUUGUAUUCGUUGGCUCACCACUGGAGGGACAAGGAGCAGACGAGAAAAAUAUGGUCAAGCUUGCCAAGAAGCUGAAAAAGAACAAUGUAGCUGUAGAUAUUGUUGCAUUUGGGGAUGGCAUUGAAGAGGGCGAGAGUAGUGUAUUGAGGGCGUUUGUUGAGAAUGCUUCCAGUGGUGAUAACUCACAUCUGGUAUCUGUACCACCAGGCUCCCACCUUUUGUCAGAUGUACUACUAUCGUCAUCCAUUCUCGCUGGAGACCGCGGUAUUCCGGAAGAGGCGAUGGGAGAUGCCAAUGUUGGUGCAUCGGGAUCUGGUGGAGGUGGCUUUGAAUUUGGCGUUGACCCAAGUCUCGACCCAGAACUAGCUAUGGCUCUGCGUAUGUCUAUGGAAGAAGAGCAGGCUCGUCAAGCUGCAGAAGAGCAAGCCCAAGAAACCACCGCCCCACCAACAUCGCUACCACCGGUGAGUGAGAGUAUACCUGCUGAGGCGGAAGGCGAAGAGGAUGCCAUGCUGCAACAGGCUCUGGCGAUGUCGAAGGAGCAGGAUGUAGAGAUGGAUGAAGAUCAUGGCGAAGACGGAGGUGAAGAUGAGGACAUGGACGAAGAGGAGGCCAUUGCGAGAGCCAUUGAAAUGAGUAUGAAGCAGCAUCAAGAGGACCAGAAGAAAUGAAGCGUUGGGGAGUCUGAUAUCUGUAGCACUUUGCUUUUCUUCGCUCUGCAUUAUAUGUCAUUGUAGGGAAUACAUUACAUGAAACUGAAUUUAUACAGGUCUGUAUACAGUCCUAUACAUACCUGACCAUAUA